GGGGAAAAGUGGGAGCGGGGAAGGGGUGGGGGUGGCGUCCUACCACAGUGGGAAGCGUUCAGAAGCCCUCAAAGAUCAUCUUCAUCUUGACUUGUCCGCUGCUUCUCUGCUCCCAAAGACACUGAAGAUGAGGGUGUGGAUCAUCUUCCUGGUUUGCCUGGCUGGACACGCCAUGGCCGCUCCUACUGAGGAGCAGCCGAUGGACGAGGCGCUGGUGCCGGUCGAGGAGCAGCCGAUGGACGAGGAGCUGGUGGCGGACGAGGAGUUGGUGGUGGACGAGCCCGCGGCGGAGGAUUCGGUUGUUGAGGAGACGGAGGUUGGCGCCAACCCGGUUCAGGUGGAGAUCGGCGAGUUUGACGAGGCCAUCGAGCUGGAAGACGACGUUGCCGAGAACCCAUGCCUGCAGCACGAGUGCAAGAAGGGCAAAGUGUGUGAAGUGGACGACAGCAACACCCCCAUCUGCGUGUGUCAGGACCCCUCCACCUGCACCCCCGCCGAGGGACAGUUUGAGCACGUUUGCGGCACAGACAACAAGACAUACGACACUUCCUGCCACUUCUUUGCCGCCAAGUGCGCCUUGGAGGGAACCAAGAAGGGUCACAAACUGCACCUGGACUACAUCGGGCCAUGCAAAGAAAUUGAGCCCUGCUUGGACAACGAGCUGAACCAAUUUCCUCUGCGAAUGAGGGACUGGCUGAAGAACGUCCUGGUGACUCUGUACGAGCGUGACGAGGACAACAACCUGCUUACUGAGAAGCAGAAGCUCAGGGUGAAGAAGAUCUACGAGAAUGAGAAGAGGCUGAAGGCGGGAGAACACACCCUGGACCUGCUGGCUCACGACUUCGUCAAGAACUACAAUAUGUAUAUCUUCCCCGUGCACUGGCAGUUCAAACAACUGGACCAGCACCCCGCCGACGGCUACCUGACGCACAGCGAGCUGGCGCCCCUGCGCGCCCCCCUCAUUCCCAUGGAGCACUGCACCACGCGCUUCUUCGAGGAGUGCGACGCUGACGGUGACAAGUACAUCGCCCUGGAGGAGUGGGCCGGCUGCUUCGGCAUCAAGGAGCAGGAUGUGGACACCGACCUCCUCAUCUAAGUUCCGUCUCCCACAAGCAGAGGCGCCACACAACUAGUCGCUUCUUUCGGGACGAGGUGCUCAUCGCUAAGUUUAAGAAAAAAGAAAUGUUUUAAAAAAACAGUUUUGGUGCUAAUUGCUCUUUUUUUAUUUUAAGUAACAAUUUUUCUGCCUUAUACCACUAUUAAACAAGCAAAAAUUCCAAAAGCGAAACAUGCACAAACUAACGUCAAACUAAAGACUUCUGAUGUAAAUGUUUUUUUUUUUUCAUCAUAUUUAAAUUUCUUUUUACGGGCUUCCAUUGGACAUUAAUUAGACUAAAGUGUAAAAGUCCAAAAAUAAAGUUUGGAAAUAAACAUUCCCUGCGCUUGCU